ACCGUCCACCACAGUCGCCGUUAUAUGACGUCAUCCCUGCGCCAACAUUCUGAGACACGACGAGUCAAUAAUUAGUCGAACUGUUACCCUGCCAAAACGUUAUAUUUCAUAACAGUACAGUAAGUUAAAACUAGCGUGAACUUGCAGAUGUGCGGAUAAUUGUUUGGAAAUACCCUCCAAAUGAAAUAAUUGAUUCAAACAUGGACAAGCUAGGAUAAGUAUGGCACUCAUUUACGCACUAAUUUGUAGAGCACACUGUGACGCAUUCAGGGACAAUACUGACCCAGUAGAAAGCCAGGACGUUGUGUUUAGAUGUCAUUUGAAGCUGCUUAAUUGAAAUGUAAUAGCAACAUAACAUUAGUACUUGCCUUGCUAACUCGAGUUGUAAUGGACAUUUCUUCUCAGUCUAAUAUUCUAAUGGAAAAGACACAAUGCACCAUUCAGUCUUGCAUAAAAGGGGACACAGCACUACGGAAUAGAAAGAUUCGGACCUUAAAAACUCCAUGCACUGCUCCAUCAAAUGACAAAAAGGAUUCGCACUUGUCAUUAGAUGACAGUCGGCAAUCCAAUGAGACACAAAGUGAGAGACAACCUAGACGAAGAAGCUCAAGCAAUGAUGAACCUUCCAGGAGUAAAGGUUGGCUUCUAUUGGUGGCAGGACUGUCUUUUUCCACACGCCUCUACAAAAUAAAAGAACCCCCUCAUGUGUGCUGGGAUGAGACACACUUCGGGAAGAUGGGAAGCUAUUACAUCAACAGGACCUUUUUUUUUGACGUCCACCCUCCUCUAGGAAAAAUGCUGAUCGGACUUGCUGGUUACAUGAGUGGUUACGAUGGCACCUUUCCAUUUACAAAACCUGGAGAUAACUAUGAACACCACAACUACUGGGGGAUGAGAGUGUUAUGUGCAGGGUUAGGCUCUUUUCUCCCCAUAUGUUCCUACCUCAUCGUAUUGCAGUUGUCUCACUCUCGCACUGCUGCUCUCAUUGCUUCUACUCUGCUCAUAUUUGACACGGGCUGUAUCACUAUUUCGCAGUACAUUCUGUUGGACCCUAUACUAAUGUUCUUCAUCAUGGCAGCAGUAUUGAGCAUGGUCAAGUUCAACCAACAACAAUACAGGCCUUUUUCUUCCUCCUGGUGGUUUUGGAUGGGUUUAACUGGUAUAAAUCUGUCUGGUGCUGUUGGGGUGAAGUUUGUGGGUGUGUUUGUCAUCCUGCUGGUGGGACUGAACACAGUGUCUGACCUCUGGAAGCUUUUGGGGAAUCUGGACCUGACACUGGUGGAUUUUGCAAAGCACCUCCUGGCUCGGGUUGUCACGCUUAUCCUGCUUCCCGUCUUCCUCUAUGUCACAAUAUUUGCAAUCCACAUUGUUGUGCUGAACAAAAGUGGACCAGGAGAUGGUUUUUUCAGUUCUGCCUUCCAGUCUCGCCUCAUUGGGAACAACCUACACAACGCAUCCAUGCCUGAAUACCUGGCAUAUGGCUCCACCAUCACGCUGAAAAACCUUCGCAUUGCUGGAGGCUAUUUGCACUCUCACUGGCACUUAUAUCCAGAGGGAGUGGGGGCAAAACAACAGCAGGUUACAGCCUAUCUGCACAAGGACUACAACAACUUGUGGCUGGUUCACAGGCAAAACGAUACAAACUCUAAGUGGGGAGCUCCUGAUCUGGUCCGCCAUGGCGACAUCAUCAGAUUGGAGCACAAAGAAACUACUCGCAACCUUCACAGUCACCUCCAUGAGGCUCCUCUGACGAAGAAGCACUUCCAGGUUACAGGUUAUGGCAUGAAUGGUACAGGCGACAACAAUGACCUUUGGAAAGUUGAGGUUUGUGGAGGUCGCAAAGGUGACCCACUCAAGGUGUUGCGCAGCAAAGUUCGUUUUCUGCACAAAGCUACCGGUUGCGUCCUUUUUUCGUCUGGGAAAACCCUCCCCAAGUGGGGCUGGGAACAAGUGGAGGUCACGUGUAGUCCCUACUUGAAGGAAACUCUCAGUUCUCAGUGGAACAUCGAAGACCAUAUCAAUCCCAAAUUGCCUAACAUCAACCUGUCUCUCCUAAAGCCCCAUUUUCUAGAGAUCUUAAUGGAGUCCCACAUUGUGAUGAUAAGAGGCAACAGCGGUUUGAAGCCUAAAGACAAUGAGAUGACCUCCAAACCCUGGCACUGGCCCAUUAACUAUCAGGGAUUGAGAUUCUCUGGAGUGAAUGAAACAGAGUAUCGUGUAUACUUGCUUGGAAACCCUGUGGUGUGGUGGCUGAAUCUGGCAUGUUUGGGAUUGUAUCUGAUCCUGGUUGCAGUGGCCUCGGUUGCCUUUCAAAGAGGCGUUUCUAUGAGCCAAAGUAGGAGAGACCAUUGUUUUGUACUCAUGAGAGGAGGCGGCCUCUUUUUCCUUGGUUGGCUAUUGCACUACGUACCUUUCUACACCAUGAGCCGGGUCCUCUAUUACCAUCACUACUUCCCUGCUAUGCUUUUUAGCAGCAUGCUAACAGGAAUCACACUGGACUUCCUGUUGAAGAUGGCCGACCUUCUGUUUCACCCGCCUUAUUGUGAGCGGCUACAGAGAGUCGGGAAGGUGUUCAUUCUGUUAGUUAUUCUUUACAGUUUCUACCUGUUCCACCCGCUCACCUAUGGCAUGACGGGGCCUCUGGCACAUGAACCUGGGAGCUCAAUGGCAAGAGUGAAGUGGAUGGAGUCUUGGGACUUUUAAACAUGUAUUACAAAAACAAGUCUUCUGAGCAUGAGAGACUUAGAGUGGUCAUUUAUUCCAAAAGUAUUGCAGUGCUGAUGUACUGCACCCUGUCUAGGUUAGUUUGAGGCUUAAGGUUAUGUGCAAUAUGAAAGCAAAGUAUUUUGUCUAAAUAAUGACCUCCGACCUUUCUAUAAUAUUUUGAUAAUGAUCUCAAGUGCCUCUGUGAAAAUAAUACAUUUCAGUGUAGUUAUUUUAAUCACUUUUAGUGUAGUGAUCACUGACAUGCUUAUGUGCAUACAGCACUAUGUUAAUAAACUGUGAUAUUAUUUUAGCCGGUGUCUUUCAAAGCUUUAACUAUAUGAUUGCUUAGUUUAUCAUUUUAAUUUCUUAAAUGUUAUGGCUUUGACUACCUGUUCUGUUUCAUAUAAUGCAGGGGUCACCAACCUUUUUGAAACCAAGGGCUACUUCUUGGGUACUGAUUAAUGCGAAGGGCUACCAGUUAGAUACACACUUAAAUAAAUUGCCAGAAGUAGCCAAUUUGCUCAAUUUACCUUUAACUCUGUUAUUAUUAAUAAUUAAUGAUAUUUAUCUUUGUGGAAACACUGAUCAUCUUAAUGAUUUCUCACAAUAAAUAUAUAUAGAAACAGAUAAAUAUCAAUAUGCAACACUUUAUUUUUAUAUUUUCUCUUAAGUGCACAUUUUUCAAAUUGAACAUUUUCAAAUGAUCACUUUUAAGACAGUCUUGUGAAAUCACAAUAUCCCAUUUUAACUAGCUAGCCACUAACAUUUUUUAACAAAUCAUGAAUUACUUUGCACCAUGUUUGUACAAAUAAUAACUCAUGUAAAAUACAAAAGUAAACUCUCAAAUUUUUAAAUCAUGUCACACUUUGAACUGGACACCAAAUCUGUUAUCUGUUUCUUUGUCAGUUAGUGGGAAGCCUGGCAUUGCAUGCUGUUAACUAGUGUGUUGUACUCUGGUGUGUAACUUGACACUGCAACUCUGAGUGAGUCUUGCAGAUGUUCAUCAGUGAGGCGUGUUCUGUGUUUGUUCUUGAUGAAGUUCAUGUCAGAAAAGGCUGAUUCACAAAGAUAAGAUUUUUCCUCAUUGUUUGCGGAACCUUCUUAAUCUUUUGGACAUAUUUUCACAGCAAUCUGGCCUUAAGCUUAAUUAUGAUAAAUGUAAAAUGUUAAGGAUCGGAAAUCUAAAGGGAACGUCCUUUCGAAUGGAAUGCAAAGUGCCUGUUUUGUGGACAGAUGGACCAGUUAACAUACUUGGUGUUGUUGUCCCAGAAAAUCUGGAAGAUCUAGGCUCAGUAAAUUAUGAUAAUCGACUAAGAAAGCUGGACAAAAUUAUGCAAUUAUGGAAAGGGAAAUCCCUAACCUUGUAUGGUAAAAUGUCUAUUGCCAACUCGUUAAUUAUUCCUCAAUUUAUUUAUUUGUUUUUGUCAUUACCAGCUCCAUCACAAAACUUUUUUAAGAUUUAUGAGCGGAGGGUCUUCGAUUUUGUCUGGAACGGCAAACCAGAAAAGAUUAAAAGAAAGGUUUUGUACAAAGAGUAUGAAUAUGGGGGCCUGAGACUUCUCAACCUUGAAGCUAUGUGUCUGUCUUUAAAAGCAUCAAUUGUUCCAAAGAUGUAUUUAAACAUUGAGUGGUACACAAAUGUCCUGUUGGACAAAAAACAUGUACUGUAUCAAAAGAAAUUGUAUCCUUUUUUACAAGUGAUCCCCUCCCAGAGAGUCUGCUGGGAAACAUGGCGGGGUUCAUAAAGGAAACAAUCCACUCAUAGUGGUGUUUUCAAUUUUAUGUGCCAGAAAAAAGCGACGAUAUUUUGCAGCAGUUAAUAUGGAUGAACUCUAAUAUUGUAAUAGAUGAAAAGCCUUUCUUUUGGAAAAAUAUGUUUGAAAGAGGAAUCAUUUUUGUCAAUGAUAUUACCAAUGAGAAUGGUAAAAUUAUGAAGUAUGAUGAAUUUAGAGCUAUGUAUGGUGAUGCUUGCUCAAGCUUUUCAUUUUAUCAACUAACUAGAGUAAUUGGGAAAAGAUGGAAACAAAUAAUUAAUUAUGGAACUACUAAAUUAUUAGUUUGUAAACCUCUAAUAAGAAAUUCUAGUUGGCAAAAAGGAACUAAAAUAAAUAGAAAAAUAUAUAAUUUUUAUUUAAUAAAGAAAUCUUUGAAGGCUGCCUCAUACAACACAAAUGGAAAAUGGGAGGACUUUUUUGACUGCCCGUUGCCAUGGGAUGCCAUAUUCAAACUAAUCUAUAAAACCACUAUCGAUGUGCAAAAUCGUUAUUUUCAAAUUAAAAUUAUUUAUAACUUCUUACCCACAGGGAAAAUGUUAAAAUUAUGGAAUAUUACAGAGUCAGAUGAUUGCCGAUUUUGUUGUCAGGAGCCUGAAUCCACCCUGCAUUUGUUUUGGUAUUGUCAUAUUGUGUCUUUGUUUUGGGUGGAAGUUGAAAAAAUGUGUUUAAGGAUUGGUUUGUUUAUGAAGCUUAAUGUGGUUUCUGUUAUUUUAGGAGAGUUCAUUGACAAUCAUGAUUUAGUCAAUUUAAUUAUAGUACUCGGUAAAAUGUUUAUUUUUAAGGCCAAAAACAGAUAUUCACUUAGUAUUACUUUCUUUAAAACAUUUAUUCAGUAUUUUCUAACUUUAGAAAGUUACAUGGUAGAAAACGAUAAUGAUGCCAAAAAACAUUUAAAAAAAAGAUGAGAAGUCCUCAAAGGCUUAUUUUGAAAGUAUAAUUAUGUUUAUAGAUUAUAUGAUAUCUGUUGUUGUGUUCCCUAAUUUGAGUGACCUGGACAUAAUCUGGACUGUACAU